CCUCCAUCUGCACCUCCCAGCCAAUCAACAUCCUCAUACUCAUAAAUCCUCGCAAUCUAUCCCCUCCAUCCAAGAUCCCUUGACACAAUCCCUCUCCCUUACCAUCAAUUCAAUCCCAAUCACCACCACAACCAUGCCUCCACCAGACCACCAACCCCAACCCACCCUCCUCCCUCCGGACCUGCUCGAAUCCCAACUCUCCACCAUCGACCUCCUAACCGCCAUGUUCCCCUCGACAGGAGAAAUCGACAUCCCCCCCUCGAGCACCCCAAUCAUCUCUGCCCUCCAAACCUGGUGCCAGGACCCCAACACCCCCCUACCCAGCGGAAUCCCCCCGACCAUCCAGUUAGCCGUCUGCGCGCCACUGGCGGCCGACAUCUCCAAAACCAUCCCGAUCAACAUUUCCAUUCCUCUGCAAACGACGGACCCAGACCCCCAACUCCCGCCCCCAUGGACAUACACCCUCCGCCAACCGACCUGGAUCUCCAAGGCGGAACUCGCCACAUUAUCCGCCGACAUGCCGCAGGACGACAUCUUCUCCGCGCUGGAGUACGUCCAACACGAAGCGUCGCUGUUUCUGGAAACGCAGCAGAAGAUGAACGACAGUCUAUCACUUACGAACACGCCCUCGUCGGGGGCAAAGCGAAGCGCUGAGGACCCGUUAGUCCGAGUGUGGUUCUACUUCCCCUCGCUGUCGACUCGGGCGAAACGCAAUGAUCUCGUCAAUCAUGCGCCUACGUAUUCACUUACCGGGUUUGUGUUGGCCGGGAAACCCGGCGUGUUGUGUCUGGAGGGCGCGUCGGUGGAUGUUGAUGCGUAUAUGAAAUUCAUUAAGACGUAUUCGUGGGGCGAUAUCCCGAGUCAUCAGAAGAAGGUGUCGGAGCGGUUUCGCGAGACGGUGGGCGUCGAGAGGGUGUUCUCCGGUAUGGAGGAGAUUACGGAUUCGUUGGGGGAGAGAGGUGGGGAGAGAGCGAAUCGGGGGGAUAUGCAGGCUUUGGAGGCGUGGUUGAAGGGGAGAGGGCUGGGGGAGGCGUUCGGGGAGGUGAUUUUUUAG